CCUGCGCGGCGGGCUGGUUCUCCCGGCCCCGCGGCGGAGAUACAGAGCGCGCCUGCGGCAGCGCGGAGCUGGCGGCCGGGGUUGUGCGGGGCGGCCGUCGUGGCUAUCACGGCAACAUAGGCGUCCGGAUCCGCGUCGUCUCGGACUUUUUCCCAGCAGCACAAUGGCCUCCCCAAAGAAGAAACUUCAAGGUCUUGUUGCUGCAACCAUCACACCAAUGACUGAGAAUGGAGAAAUCAACUUUUCAGUAAUUGGUCAGUAUGUGGAUUAUCUUGUGGAAGAACAGGGAGUGAAGAGCAUUUUUGUGAAUGGCACAACAGGAGAAUGUCUGUCCCUGAGCAUCUCAGAGUGCUGCUGCGUCGCAGAGGAGUGGGUGGCAAAAGGAAGGAACAAGUUGGAUCAGGUGGUGAUUCACGUAGGAACACUGAGCUUGAAGGAAUCACAAGAACUGGCUCAACAUGCAGCAGAAAUAGGAGCUGAUGGCAUUGCUGUCAUUGCACCAUUCUUUCUCAAGCCAUGGAACAAAGAUGUCCUGAUUAACUUCCUAAAGGAGGUAGCUGCUGCUGCCCCUACAUUGCCAUUUUAUUACUAUCACAUUCCUUCCUUGACAGGGGUAAAGAUUCGUGCUGAGGAGUUGUUGGAUGGAAUUCAGGAUGAGAUCCCCACCUUCCAAGGGCUGAAAUUCAGUGACACAGAUCUCUUAGACUUUGGGCAAUGUAUUGAUCAGAAUCGCCAAAAACAAUUUGCUUUCCUUUUUGGGGUGGAUGAGCAACUGUUGAGUGCGCUGGUGAUGGGAGCCACUGGAGCAGUUGGCAGUACCUAUAACUACCUGGGAAAAACGACAAACCAGAUGUUGGAGGCUUUUGAACAAAAAGACUUUUCUUUGGCCCUCAACUAUCAGUUUUGUAUCCAGAGAUUUAUCAACUUUGUAGUAAAACUAGGUUUUGGAGUAUCGCAGACCAAAGCCAUUAUGACUCUGGUCUCUGGAAUUCCAAUGGGCCCACCCCGGCUUCCGCUGCAGAAAGCCUCCAGGGAGUUCACUGAUAAUGCUGAAGCUAAACUGAAGAGCCUGGAUUUUCUUUCUCACAGUGGUUUAAAAGAUGGAAACUUGGAAGCCUGUAACUAGGGCCUCUCUAUCAAAUCACUAUGUAAACACUGAGAUCUAAUCCUCCUUGAAUAAUGCAUUUCUCAGGGACUUUUUAGAUAUGCUUGAACUGAAUUCUCCCCUAGCAAAUGACGUCCUACAUCGUUUCAUCAAAUAUUUAUUAACCAACUACUCUGAGCCUAAACUAAGUUAUAUUGUGCAGUGGGGUGAAAACUCUAAAAGUCAUGAGUCCUAAGUUAUUCAACAUUUCACAAAAUUUUUCUGAAGAAAUUCCUAUUUACAUCGAUGAAAUGGAAUCAAGAGGAAAAUUGUAAUUGAUUAAUUGUGUCUACCUUUGGGAGCUCACAUUAUCUCAAUUUCUGUUUCAAAAUCCUUUUUUAAAGUUUUCUAACUUUAAAGCUGAAUAAUGUACUUUCAUCUUAAUAAAUAUCCUUUGGAAUCUAAAACAACUCUGAUCUGUUGCUUUUUAGGUAGCACAUUAACUUCCAUGCCAAAUUACAACGUGACUCAACAGUUCACAACUACUUAUACACCAGCACACUUGGCUGCUUAAUCUAACUCCAGAUUUUUUGCCUUCAGAUUAAUGGUGAUAUCGCUGUUUUCCCCCAAAUCACUGGCUCACAUGAGGUCUUGCUUCAGUUCUACAUAACAAGAGGGUCCAUUGGGAUGAUUUUCUCAUAACAAAGGUAAAGCCUUCCCCAAAGAUGAAAUCAGUCUCCACUUCUCGCUAUAUAGAGAACUUCUCAAAGCUCAAAGUUUCAAAUAACCAAAGGGCCCUUACUCUUGUUCUCCUUCCAUAAGCUUCCCCUUCCCUCAAUGAGAAGUGUCUCCCACACAAAGUCCUAAAUUACUGGCAGCAGAGGCUUCCUUUCCAUGGUGAGCCUGGGGGCUACUACUUUUUCCCUGUUACACUUUCAUGCAGUCACUUUUUUUUUUUAAUGCAAGUUUAUUGAAAUAUUUUUGC